GGAUGCCGUACUGCUGGGAGCAAUCGGCGGUCCAAAAUGGGGCGUCGGCAAGGUAAGGCCGGAGCAAGGCAUCCUCAGACUGCGUAAAGAAAUGGGCACAUUUGGCAAUCUACGACCAUGUUUCUUCGCUUCGGAUUCGCUAGUGGAGCAAAGUCCGCUCAAGGCAGAAGUCUGCAGAGGAACCAACUUCAACAUCAUCCGUGAACUUACUGGCGGGAUCUACUUCGGCGAGCGGAAAGAAGACGACGGCUCCGGGCAUGCGCUUGAUACCGAGCCGUAUUCGCGCAUGGAGAUCGAGAGAGUUGCGAGGCUUGCUGGGUAUCUUGCUCUGGCAGAGGAUCCUCCAGCUCCGGUCUGGUCGCUAGACAAGGCUAAUGUGAUGGCGACUAGCCGGCUAUGGAGGAAGACGGUAACUGAGGUGAUGGAGAAAGAGUUCCCGAAGUUGAAGCUAGGUCACCAUCUCAUUGACUCGGCGGCCAUGCUUAUGGUAAAGAAUCCGAGGGCAUUGAACGGGAUCAUCGUUACGAGCAACCUCUUCGGCGACAUCAUUAGCGAUGAGGCGUCGGUGAUCCCAGGCUCGCUUGGUCUGCUGCCAAGCGCGAGCUUGACCUCCAGUCCGGACGGCAAGGGCAAAUGCAACGGCAUAUACGAGCCUAUACACGGUUCCGCACCAGAUAUCAGCGGCAAGGGUGUGGUGAACCCUGUCGCCAUGAUUCUGUCUGUCGGCAUGAUGCUGAAAUAUUCACUUCAGCAGCCAGAGCUAGCGAAGAAGGUAGAUGAAGCGGUCAAGAUUGUUAUUGAUCAAGGUAUCCGAACGCCGGAUAUUGGAGGCAGAGCGAGUACCAGCGAAGUUGGUGACGCUGUAGCGAAGGAGCUAGAAUCAAUCCUGAAGCGGUAAUGGUCCUGCUUUGACAAGUCCUCCAUGCUGCCGAUACCACUCCACGCAUGAGAGCCCGGUUGUCACCAUACU